AGAAAGAAAAGAAGAAAAAAAGGAGAGAGAGGGAAAAGAAAAGAGAGAAAAAGAAAGAGAUAAAGAGAAAAAAAGAAGAAGAAAAAGAGAAUGAAAAAGAAAGAAAAAGUGAGAAAGAAAAAGAGAAAAGAAGAGAGGGAAAGAGAAAGAAAAAAAAAGAAAAAGAGAAAGAGAGAAAGAGAAAGAGAGAUUGA